AUGUAUAAAGUCUUCUACGCCUCUCGCAAUGCCUGUCGUGCUCGGUGGGGACCCGUAGCAGCGUGCAUAAUGCCUUCCUUAUCAUUUCUUGCAUUGUGCGCAUUGGCAUUUUGUCCGUCAUCAUAUGGGGCCACCAGACAAUUCUCUGUCGUACUGACAUGGUCGACGGGCAGUCCUGAUGGAUUUGAGAAGCAACAGAUCCUGGUCAACGGACAAUUGCCAGGUCCAGCUCUUGUGAUCGACCAAGAUGACGAUGUCGAGGGUGGACAGUUCUUGGUCACAAACAAGCUUAACGUGGACACUGCCGUGCACUUUCACGGUAUUGAGCAACUCAACACUCCCUGGUCGGACGGGGUGCCAGGCCUUUCUCAAAAGCCCAUUGAAGCUGGUUGCCAAUGGCUCUACAAGUGGAAGGCGACAGAAUAUGGCACCUAUUGGUAUCACGCGCACUACCAGAGCCAGGUAUUCGAUGGCAUGUUCGGACCGAUCUACAUCAAACCCAGGGCGUUUGAGCCCAAGCCCUUCAACGUGAUUACUAGCGACCAGAAUGCGCUAGAUGCGAUUCUCAAAGCCGAAGAGAAUCCCCAGUUCGUGAUGAUCUCUGACUGGAUGCAUCUGACGUCCCAGCAGCAUCGGCAAGUCCAAGAGGACAGUAAUGUUGACAUUUUUUGCACGAAUAGCAUAUUGUUCAACGGUAAAGGACGAGUCAACUGUCUAUCCGAGCCAGAGCAGCGGGCAGCACUCGCGCCACCCUUCCAGGAGCUCUUCAAUGGACCUCUGCGAGGACAGUGGCUGAGUCCCAACGGAUGUCUUCCCUUUGGUCCCUUCAGCCAGGGCAAUGCCACUCUCAACCUCGAUGCCAUACCACGAGACCUCGUCACGGAUUGCUCAGCAACAGAUACUCCUCAGCAAGAAUUCCAAGUAGACCCUAGGUCGCGGUGGGCAAGCUUCAACUUCAUCAGUGUCACCGGUAUCCAGGCGCCAAUUAUUUCCAUAGACGAGCAUCCGAUGUGGGUCUAUGCUGUUGAUGGUCGCUACGUUCAACCAGUCAAGGUCAAUGGCCUGCAUAUCUUCAGCGGCGAACGUUACUCAGUCAUGGUGCAGCUUGAUAAGCGUGAAGGGUCCUACACCAUGAGAGCCAGCAACUUUGGCUUGAAUCAGCUCAUCAGUGGUUUCGCUACUGUGAGCUACACUAGUGGUGGUCACGAUAAAAACAGCGAUAACGAGAAUCGAGACAGUGGUAGCAAGCAUCACGACUGGAACGGUGGCCACUGGCAGGAAGGACACGGCAAUGGCGGCAAGGGGUACGGCUGGAAGGGUGGUCGCGGCAGAGGCCACAAAGAAGGCAUCGGCAGAUACAACAGACACUUCAAGAGGGACUCACAGCCGUAUUAUACUUACGGCGGCUUCCCAGUAUCCCCAGAGGUCGUCACACUCAACGAGAGUCAGAUCGUGCCCUUCCACAACAUACCUCCAGCACAGGAAAUCGCUCAAACACACAUCCUUCGCCUAUCGAGAUUUGGCAAGCCCUGGCUUUGGUCCCUCGACGGCGACGAGACGUACCCUAUGUUCCCUACCGAAUACGCAGAAGACGCACCACUGCUAUACUACCCCGAAAGCACAGAGGCCAACAACCAGAACCUCGUGAUCAAGACCCAGAACGAUACCUGGAUCGACAUCGUCUUCGUCGUCGUGGAUCUCAACGGUCCGCCGCAUCCAAUGCACAAGCACAGUAACAAGGGGUAUCUCGUCGGUCGGGGGGUAGGACCUUGGAACUGGUCGUCUGUGGCGGAAGCGGCGGCGGCGCAGCCACAGUCGUUCAAUUUUGACGAUCCUCCGUAUCGAGAUGGCUUCACGACACUUCCUAGCGCUGGAGCACCGACCUGGUUGACGAUGCGAUAUCAUGUCGUGAAUCCGGGGGCGUUCAUGCUGCACUGUCACAUCCAGUCGCAUCUGUCGGGUGGUAUGGCGCUUGCGUUCUUGGAUGGGGUUGACGAGUUCCCGGCGAUACCUGCGGAGUAUGGCUCGGAAGGUCAGGGGAAUGGGAUGGGCGGCCACGAUCGGCCUGGAGGGCAUCUGGGGAGCUAUCACUAG